CGGUACUGCAGGCGGAAGUGCUGCACCUGUUGAGGUAAAAGUCUGUUCCCCCUGCCGGAAACUUUGACGGCUCACCUGGUCUACCUGGACCCACCGACCCGCGGACUGCUGGGAAGGUUCUGGACGUUCUGCGGCGGUUCUGGAAGGAGACCGGCUUAAUGGAUAAACUGAAGCAGGUUCUGGGCGGACAGGACGGCGGCGGCAGCUCGGAUGGGAGCGGCAUACUGGAGACAGCCAAUCAGGCGUCCACUCUGGCCUGGGGGACCCGGAUGAAGGGCUUCCUCAUCUGCUUCAUACUGGGGGCCGUCUGCUCCAUACUGGCCACCUGCCUGCUGUGGAUCCCAGGGUUUGGACUUCCUGUGUUCGCUGUCCUCUACACCGUAGGAAACCUCUGCGCUCUGGCCAGCACCAUGUUCCUGAUUGGUCCGUUACGGCAGCUGAAGAACAUGUGUGCUAAGGUCCGAGCCCUGGCCACCGCCAUCAUGCUGGCCUGCCUGGUUCUGACUCUGUGCGCUGCGUUCUGGUGGAAGAACAACGGCUUGGCGCUGCUGUUCUGCGUGCUGCAGUUUCUGGCCUUCACCUGGUACGGCCUGUCUUACAUCCCAUUCGCCAGAGACGCCGUCACCAAGCUGUUCUCCAUCUGCAUGUAGAUCCACCAAUCAGGACGCAGGAUGCCGGGGUGUGUAUCCAAUCAGGAAUCAGGGUUUUUAUUUAUUAAUAAGCACAUUUUAUUUAAUUUUCCAUUUUAACAUCAAAUAAAGCACCUUUUGUUUCCACAUUUCACAUUCAGGCUUUUAGAAAUUAAACACUACAGGACAACCAAGCACCGUUUGAGUAAAAAUAUGAAUAAAAAAAUAAAAAAUAUUUAAAACUACGGUGGAGUUUUAGGGCCAGACUAAGAGAAUUUUAUUAAUGUCAAGAAUAUCAGAAUAAAAAUGUAAUGUUAACAGAAGUCACAAAAUUACAAGAAAAAUCUUUUUUAAUAAAAAAAGACAUUAUUCUUGUACUAUUAUGACUUUAUUCUCAUGCUAUUAUGAUGUUACUCUCAUAUUGUUGCAACUUCACUCUCAUAAUUUCGAUAAACUAAAUUCUUUUAGUCUGACCCUAAUUCUACAUUGUAAAAAGUAAAUGAACAGGGUACAAUAUUAAAGCAUUUUGGUCACAUUUCUGGUGUUGCAGUUUUUUAUCAGGAGCUUCUGACCUUUGUUACAAUUAAAUAUUUUGACAUUUGAUUAGAACCUGAUUGAUUCAUGAAGAAAAACACAUAAAUCUGAUGAAAACCUUUUGGUAUCCGUCUGCUUUCAGUCACCUAACCAAUGAAGCUUCAGCUGUUUUAUAAUAUUUAAUUAUCUGAUCAGAAAACAUUUCAGAUUUGCUGAAUUAUUUAGAGUUUGUAUUAUAAUCAUAACUUCAGUGUCUGAAUGUGAGCCUGUUAUUAUUAAUGUGUUACGGUAACAAAUUCAGUUGGUCCUGAAUGGGUCAAACCUGCCCAAAUUUCUAAGGACAGUUCACAAAGGUUUCUAUUUUUGGAACAACAUAAAGGUCAGAAAAGUGAAAUAAAUAAAAAACAAAAGCAUAAAAAAAUGAUAGAAAUAAGAAAAGGUGAAGAAAAUGGAAAUAUGAAGAGAAUUUUAUUGAAUUGAUAAUAUUUGUAUCAUUUUAAUUUAUUUAUUUCUGAUUUGUCUUGAUUUUUAUUGGUCCUGUUAUUGUUCCAUAUAAGCAGGUUUCUAUUGGGUCAAGCUGUUAUUAUAAUUAUUAAUACUGAAUUUAGUGUGAAGGCAUGAAACAUUUCAUUAUUAUUAUUAUUUUUAUUAUUAUUAUUAUUAUUAUUAUUAUUAUUAUUAUUAUUAUGCAGCUGCAGAGGAGCUGAUUCUUUGUGGUUUCUGACCUGGUUGCUAAUUUUGCCUGAGAACAAAUCCACUAAUGUUCCUUCGUUCCUGUUGGAGUUUUAACUAUUAUAGGAUGCAUUUCAUCUGAAUUAUUUUAUUAAUUGAUUCCUUUAUGUAAAUGAUUGUAAAUAUUUCCUGCUUUAACAACAUUUAAUUGAUUUUUCUUAACAUUUCAUUGAAAUAUUUCCAUAAAUUAUUUAAAUUGGAGCAUUUCACUGAGAGCUCCUCCUUCCUGUAAGCGUUAGCUUGACUUCUAUCAAAAACAGCUAGCGCCCCCUUCAGUCCCGGUGAGGAACUGAAAGGUGAUUUUAUUUUCAUGAAAACAUUAUUUGUGAACCUUCUGGUUUUGGGUCCAGAUGGUUUCUCCAGAACCAUUUCACCUGUUUUUUUGUUGGUUUUUUUUGUAUUUCCUGUUGGAUCUGAAUAAAUGUAUUUUUGAGCCAAA